GUUCUGUGGGAGUUCCCUGCUCUGGGGGACACAGGCAGCUCCUCUCCCAUCUCCCUGCUGCACUGGCUGAGACACAAGGAGAAAUGUAAGAGUGCAGCUCUGGGAAUUCACCUCUCUGGCAGAAGCCCUGUGGACCCAGCCCAGCACUGAGCCCUGUCAGCAGCAGCUGGGGAUGUUCAGCUACCUCCGGGAGCGCUUCAGCAGCCGCCUCCGGGAGCGCAGCCGGCGCCGCGCCAGGCUCGUCUCCAAGGAUGGCAGGUGCAACAUCGAGUUUGGCAACGUGGAGCAGUCCAGGUUUGUCUUCCUGAUCGACAUAUGGACAACCAUCCUGGACCUCAGGUGGAGGUACAAGAUGACCAUCUUCAUCUCGGCCUUCCUGGGCAGCUGGUUCCUGUUUGGGCUGCUCUGGUACGUCGUGGCCUACAUCCACAAGGACCUGCCCGAGUUCAACCCCUCCUUCAACCACACCCCCUGUGUGGAGAACAUCAAUGGCCUCACCUCAGCCUUCCUCUUCUCCCUGGAGACCCAGGUGACCAUCGGGUACGGCUUCAGGUGUGUCACGGAGCAGUGCGCCACUGCCAUCUUCCUGCUCAUCUUCCAGUCCAUCCUGGGCGUCAUCAUCAACUCCUUCAUGUGUGGGGCCAUCCUGGCCAAGAUCUCCAGGUCCAAAAACCGGGCCAAGACCAUCACGUUCAGCAAGAACGCUGUCAUCAGCAAGCGUGGGGGGAAGCUCUGCCUCCUGAUCCGCGUGGCCAACCUCCGCAAGAGCCUGCUGAUCGGGAGCCACAUCUACGGGAAGCUGCUGAGGACCACCAUCACCCCCGAGGGGGAGACCAUCAUCCUGGACCAGGUCAACAUCGAGUUCUUGGUGGACGCCGGCAACGAGAAUCUCUUCUUCAUCUCGCCCCUCACCAUUUACCACAUCAUAGACAAGAACAGCCCCUUCUUCCACAUGGCAGCAGAAACCCUCCUGCAGCAGGACUUUGAGCUGGUGGUGUUCUUGGAUGGCACCGUGGAGGCCACCAGUGCCACCUGCCAGGUGAGGACGUCCUACAUCCCCGAGGAGGUGCUCUGGGGGUACCGCUUUGCUCCCAUCGUGUCCAAGACCAAAGAAGGGAAAUACAGAGUGGACUUCCAGAACUUCAGCAAGACAGUGGCCGUGGAGACUCCCCACUGUGCCUUCUGCCUCUACAAUGAGAAGGAAGCCAAAGCCAAAGAGAAGAAGGGUUAUGACAACCCUGGCUUUGUCUUGUCUGAAGUCAAUGAAACCAGCGACACAAAAAUGUAG